GUGAAGAGUGAAAAUUUACACCCAAAUGAGAGAAAAAGAAAGGAAAAACCCUAGCAUUUUUCCCGCUUACUUUUCUGAUAUUUUAUUGCUGACACUAAAAAAUAAAACCCAUCAAAAGAAUGAAUAAAAAUUAGGGUCUUUUUUUUAAUCAUUCAAGGUAAAGAAAUGUGGUUUACAUUUAGCUUCCUCGGUCCUCACAUGCCUCUCCAACAGAAGAAAAGUGAGGUGAAAAGGGACAAAGGUAUUUCCUUUCAAGCCUUUGUUUCUUUUUGCAUUAAAGAAAGAGCAGGGCUUUGGACUGUGUUUAAGUAGCCAAAGAUAAUAAAAGUGUUUUUAAAGAAAAUAAAAGUGUUUUUAUUAGGGUUCUUAUGUUAAAAUUUUCUGGGUCCCUUGUCUUGAAUGCUGUCUGGUUCUUAAUUUGAAGACCCACUCCAUCCUUCUUCGUGGGUUUGUUGUUGAUGGUAACUGAACUCUGUGGAACAAUGUGCCAGAGUCAUUGAUUGCUAUGGGUCAGUUCUUCAGUCUGAAGCUGUACUUGAUUGCUUAUUUUUGUGGAGAAGAAUCAGUUCCGUAAGUACUGCACACCAAAAUUUAGUGCUUUCUUUCGUAAAAGUGGUAACCACCUAGCUGUAGUUGAAUGGCUAUAGUAUUUCUCAUGUUUCCCUGCAUAUGAGUAUGCACAUUAUGGUUGGAUUUCUUUGUAUUUUGUGAAUCUGUCAGCUCCAAAACCCCCAGAUUUCUAAGCAACAUUCCGCUAAUCUCUUGGUUUGAUACUUUGACUGGUUAAGAAACUUUGUACUGCAAGCGUUGUUGGAAGUGUCUUCCGUCUGCUUUUGGGUUUGUGGUUAGCAGCUUGGAAGCUCCCCUUUGUUCUCCUCAUUGAGUUUUUAGUUCUCUUGAUUGAAGCGGAAUGAAGCUUGGUGGGAUUUUAGUGCUGUCCCUACUUUUUCUUUCUGCCAUGGGGCAGCUUCCUUCGCCAGAUAUUUUGGCUCUGCUUGAAUUCAGGAAGGGUAUCAAGCGUGAUCCAACCGGUUAUGUCCUUAAUUCUUGGAAUGAUGAGUCUAUAGACUUUGAUGGCUGCCCUUCUUCUUGGAAUGGAAUUGUCUGUAAUGGCGGAAAUGUUGCCGGAGUUGUUCUUGAUAAUCUGGGUCUGUCUGCAGAUGCAGACUUGAGUGUAUUUGCAAAUCUCACAAAGCUUGUGAAGCUUUCUAUGUCCAACAAUUCAAUAACAGGCAAAAUUCCUGACAACAUAGCCGACUUUACAAAACUUGAGUAUCUUGAUGUAUCCAAUAAUCUAUUUUCAUCAGCUUUACCAAUGGGAAUUGGUAGGUUAGAGAGCUUAAAAAACCUUUCAUUGGCUGGGAACAACUUUGCGGGCUCCAUUCCAGAUUCACUGUCAGGACUUUCCUCAAUCCUGUCAUUGGACUUGAGUCGCAACUCCUUCUCUGGGCCAGUGCCGACAUCGUUGACAAAGCUGUCUAAUCUGGUAUCUCUUAAUCUAUCUGUUAAUAGCUUUACCAAGAGUAUUCCCAAAGGGUUUGAGCUGGUUUCGAGUCUUGAUGUGCUUGACUUACAUGGGAAUAUGCUUGAGGGUCAUCUAGAUGUGCUAUUUUUGCUUGAAACAAGUGCUACUCAUGUUGAUUUGAGUGAUAAUAUGCUUACAAGUUCUACUUCGCAGCAACAGAAAUUUUUAUCUCGUAUAUCUGAGGAUAUUAAGUAUUUGAAUCUUAGCCAUAACCAGCUAACUGGGUCACUGGUAAGUGGGGGUGAGCUACAAGUAUUUGAAAACUUGAAGGUUUUGGAUCUCAGCUACAAUCAGUUGUCUGGCGAAUUACCUGCAUUUAAUUUUGUCUAUGAUCUCCAAGUCCUCAAGCUCAGUAACAACAGGUUUUCAGGAUUUAUUCCCAAUAACCUAUUAAAAGGAGAUGCUCUGGUUUUAGAUGAACUAGAUUUGAGUGGCAACAAUCUCUCAGGAUCCAUGACUGCAAUUACUUCAACAAAUCUGCGUGUCCUUAAUCUUUCCUCAAAUGGGCUUAUUGGAGAGCUGCCACUGCUGACUGGAAGCUGUGCUGUACUUGAUCUAUCAAAUAACAAAUUUGAAGGGAACUUAACCAGGAUGAUGAAAUGGGGGAACAUUGAAUUUCUUGAUUUGAGUCAGAAUCGUUUGAUGGGAUCUAUCCCUGAGGUAACCCCACAAUUUCUGCGUUUAAAUUUUCUCAAUCUCUCACGUAAUUCACUUGGUAGUUCCCUACCAAAAGUGAUAAUGCAGUAUCCAAAGCUUAGAGUCCUUGAUCUCAGUUCAAAUCGGUUAGCGGGACCUGUUCUGGCUGAUUUGCUAACAAUGCCCACUUUGCAAGAGCUCCACCUUGACAACAAUCUUUUUACUGGGGCUGUUAAGUUAUCAUCUCCCUCACCCAGUGAAACUAACCUUCAGAUUCUUGAUCUUUCGCAUAACCAGAUUAGCGGUUAUUUUCCUGAUCAAUUUGGAGCAUUGACUGCACUUCAAGUGCUUCGUAUUGCGGGAAAUAAUUUCUCUGGUUCUCUGCCAACUUCGGUCACUGAUAUGAGCUCAUUAAGUUCAUUAGAUAUUUCACAGAAUCACUUUACAGGUCCUCUUCCAAACAACUUUCCGGACAGCCUUGUAAACUUUAAUGCUUCAUACAAUGAUCUUUCUGGCACUGUCCCAGAAAAUCUGAGAAAGUUUCCUAGGUCUUCUUUUUACCCUGGAAAUAGUGGUUUGCGUUUCCCAAAUGGUUCUUCUGGAUCAAAUGCUUCUCCAUCUGAUAAUUCCAAGAAAAAGCCCAUGAACACUCUUGUCAAAGUGAUAAUUAUUGUUUCAUGUGUGGUUGCUGUUGUUAUUCUUCUUUUGCUUGUUAUCUUCAUACAUUAUAUUCGCAUCUCAAGGAGGCUCCCCCCAAAGCAUACUAUGAACAAAGAUAUCCGCAAGGGUGCUCAACCAAACCCCUCUGGUAUUCGUGGAAUAGAAACUGGUGGUGCUACAGUUGUAUCAGCUGAGGAUCUUGUGGCAUCGAAAAAAGGAUCAUCAUCUGAGAUUAUCAGCCCUGAUGAAAAAUUGGCUGCUGUAACCGGCUUUUCCCCUUCAAAGAACAGCCAUAUCUCUUGGUCACCUGAAUCUGGGGAUUCAUUUUCUGCCGAAAACCUUGCAAGGCUGGAUGUGAGAUCACCAGAUAGAUUGGUUGGGGAGCUGUAUUUUCUUGAUGAUACAGUCUCAUUGACGCAGGAGGAAUUGUCGAGGGCCCCUGCUGAAGUUUUGGGAAGAAGCAGCCAUGGGACAUCUUAUAGGGCAACUUUGGAGAAUGGAGUGUUCUUGACAGUUAAAUGGUUAAGAGAAGGGGUGGCAAAACAGAAAAAAGAAUUUGCCAAGGAGGCUAAAAAAUUUGCUAACAUCAGACAUCCAAAUGUGGUGGGUCUUAGAGGGUACUAUUGGGGUCCGACACAACAUGAGAAGCUUAUUCUUUCAGAUUACAUCUCACCUGGAAGUCUUGCGAGCUUUCUUUAUGAUCGACCAGGAAGAAAAGGGCCACCAUUAUCUUGGGCUCAAAGGCUGAAAAUUGCCGUUGAUGUUGCACGUGGUCUGAACUAUCUCCACUUUGACCGUGCUGUUCCACAUGGUAAUCUAAAAGCGACAAACAUAUUGUUGGAUGGGCCUGACCUGAAUGCUCGUGUUGCUGAUUAUUGCCUCCACCGUCUCAUGACCCAAGCUGGCACCAUUGAACAAAUUCUUGAUGCUGGUGUCUUAGGUUAUCGUUCACCAGAGUUGGCUGCUUCCAAGAAGCCAGUGCCUUCAUUUAAGUCAGAUGUUUAUGCUUUUGGAGUGAUAAUGUUGGAACUUUUAACUGGAAGGUGUGCUGGUGAUGUGAUCUCGGGUGAGGAAGGAGGGGUUGAUUUGACAGAUUGGGUGCGGUUGAGGGUAUCGGAAGGUCGUGGCUCAGACUGUUUCGAUGCUGCAUUAAUGGCAGAGGCGGGGAAUCCAGCAGCUGCGAAGGGAAUGAAGGAGGUCCUUGGUAUUGCUUUACGAUGCAUUCGGUCGGUAUCAGAGAGGCCAGGUAUCAAGACUAUAUAUGAGGAUCUUUCAUCUAUAUAGUUUUUUCGUUUCUUUUCAAAUCUAACUUAGUUGGACAUGAAUUUUCUGGGAACUUAAUACCUCAUUAGCCUCCCUUUUGAAUCCAUUAGAUUUUCUGGUUUAGUCUGCUAAUUGUAUCAACCAUUUCUGUUAAAAAAAAAAGAAAAAAAGAAAAAUAUGAAGCGCAUGUGGGAAA